UUGAUCCUAAGGGUUCUCUUCUUGUUUUCCCUUAGGAUCAAACUCAGGUUACCAAAUACCAGAGCCAUUGACUCAGUUGAUAUAUCUUCUCGGUACAUUCGUUCCAGGAUGUUCUAUUUUCCAUCGGUUAGCUCGCCAGAGCCAGACAGAAGAAAUCGGUCCGGCGUCUGUGAAAGCUCAAAACAGCAGCUGCCUCUUUCUUUAUUCUACCCCCUCCUACAACCACGACCUCCAUGCUGCAUCCCUGAGUAAGAGCCCUCAACAAUUUUUCUUUUUAACUCUUGAUUGAUCGAUCUUUUGAAAUUCAACUCUUGAUUGAUCUUGAUCAACAUCGUUAACGCACUCAUCUUUUUACUCUUCUACAGACUUAGAUUAGAAUAGAUUGUUAUAUCCACUAUCGUCUAAUCACAACUACAUCACUAGAUUGAUUAGAAAUCAACGCGAAUCUCACACCUGAAACCUUCCAUUAUAGAAAUUUUCAUCCAAAAAACGCGUAGUUGGAUCCACCAAGAGAAGAUGAACAAACUUGUAUGAGUCUAGGAUAAGACGGAGACAACCUCAAGCUGUAGAAGUAUCUAAAAACUUCUAGGGACAAGUCUGAGAGAUCCUUCGAAAAAAUCGAAAAAAUUCCAAGUCUCCGAAUCAUAAAAACAAAUGAAGAUGUAUCAUCAACAUCCAUCGUCGGGGGUGCGUCCGCAGUAUUCGGCGGCGGCGCAUAAUGGCCACAACCUCCCGCACAAUGGCCAUAUGAUUUAUGAGACGAGGCAACAAAUAGAGUUGUCUUCAGGCAUUUCUAUUAGUCUCGAGAGAACACUUUAUUAGACUUCUUACUUGCGCGCUAAUGCUAAAAAGAAAAACCAAUCUUCACGACCUGUAGUUAGAUGUUAUAACUCCUGAACAUUCCAAUUCCACACCGUCUUCUUCUAAUACCCGUCCAUAUCGCGGGACCCUGGUCAAAAACGGCUACCAAACCCUGUAAUCGUGGCGAAUGAGGCAAUUGGGUACGUCAGCAUGUGCAACGACACACGAUGGCGAAGUUACACCCAGGAAGAGCUGUUGCAACGUGUCCAGGACCAACGACUCAAAUUAAGGCCUUAUUUACCUCGUCACGAAGAUGUGUUGUUUGUACUUGAAGAAGAUGAACCUAUAAGACUCUUCUCGAAUAAAUUCUUCCUCAUUCUCCCUCUGUCCUCUCCUUCCUCAUUCUGCAAUCAUCCCUACUUUGAAUCAUCUCCACGAGCACAAUGAAAUUAGUAGCGCUAACGAACUUUGUGGGCAAGGAUUUUGUUAUUGGACAUGUGGAUAACCUGGGAACAAACGCGACCGAAGAUGGACAACUUGGGAAGAGGGUCCACGUCUCCAAAGUCGAUGGAAAUACAUUCUAUUGCGAAAUGCACAGUACUAUGAUACAUAUUUUCUGAAUCCGGUCGCGAAAUGCAUAGCACAACUCCUCUACUUCUUCACAUUCGCAAAGAUUUUACAAGGGAAAAUCAUCAAAUUCUUGUUCAUACUUAAUAGGCACCGUUAAUAAAUCCUCAUCGUCAUCCUCAGCCUCACCAUCAUCCGUAACAGAUGCAAACCCAAACUGUUCGGACCGAUCGGACUGGUCCUCUUCUUCGGAUACUGCCAAGUUGAAUUUCGCUCCCGCUGCGCGUGUCCCUCAGUACACAGCGAGCCCAGAACAAGGAGCGGUAUUUUUCUGUGUAGUUAGCACCCACGCACCCGACGAAGGAGAACAUGAUGAUAUUUUAUUUGCUUUCCUUCACAUUCAAUUAUUAUUUGCUUUCAAUUAAAACAGAAAUAUCGUGCCAAGGACUCGGAUCGAGACUGGGAUACACGAAGUGGGGCUAGUUCUUCCAGCAUGGACACUAAGUCACGAUCGCCGAAAAGGCUCAGUACCGCUCAAAGACUUGCGGUAUUUUUUGGAUUUUUUUUUAUAUUCCGCAAUCAAACUUGUUUAGGAAAGAAAGUUGGAUAUGUUGACGAGUUCAUUAAUUUUGACUCAAGAAGUUAAAAUAACUCACAUACUACUUGACUUUCACACCGACAACCUAACAAAUUCAUCAUUCUUCUUACUAUAAACCAUCGUAUUGGUAUUCGUAUUGCUUGUCAUGACAUGAUAAGAAACUACACGUGAAUUUCAUCUACAACUACAUGUAGUUAUGAGGUUGACUUACUUCGACAUUGAAAAGAACGGAUCUCGUGUCAGGUUGAGGAAACAACACCAAUGGUCACGAAUCAGAGCUAAGUAAGCACUCCACCAGUUACUUUGAAACAAAAACAUACCUACAAGAAUUACUUAUACUUCCACCUCCACCACAGCGCGGUGGCACGAAUAGCACAGCUGCGGGCACGGGGACUGAUACCUCUAUGUCAGAUAAUGAAUUUGAUUUCAACAACGGGAUUCAAACCGUAAAACUCGAAAUCGAAAACUUAGUGCCAGUUGGCAGUCUUCGCGGUGAUGAACAGCAACACAUGCUCGCAUUGCGGAAUGGAGGCAUGGUACCUGCUCAGGGUGGAGGACCUUUAUGAUAGAUUUUCAUUUUGAUUCUCCAUUCCCGUAGUUAACCCGUGAAUGGGUUAACGAGUACGACUACUACUACUUACUUGUUCCCAAAUAAAUCAAAUGAAUGUAGUUGUUGAUGUAUACCAACUUUUAUGGUGCUAAAGAAGAUAGAUGAAGUGAUAGUAAAGAGCACAUCAUCAAAAUGCAUUAGUAGACAAUCCUUGUACAACCUCCUAGUGAAACCUCUCCUGCGUCCUAACGCACGAUUGGAAACCUCUAGAACAGGCACUAUCCAAAUGAAUGAAUGAACAAUUAUCUGUGGUACACCUCCUCAUGAAGAAAAGAUCAUAACAGGGGCACACGACACAUGAGUAGAUACACCUCCUUGAUCAGUGAACAGGCCAACGCCUAAACCACUAAGCCAACUGCGCAAUUGGCUUAGUGGUUUAGGCGUUGGCCUGUUCCCUUAUCAAUCAAACUACCGUCUAUAUCUCCUCUCCAUCUAUCUCCUCUCCUCACCAUCUAUCUCCCCUCCUCACGAUGAUCACCGUGUUCGUCUAACCUCCAUGCUCUGGAGCAAGCAGUUCAGUAUUGGUCAGUGGGAGAAUAGUAGCACAAGGAGCGCCAGUUGGAACGGCAAUUUGACGUUCGAUCGAAUCGAACGCAAGGUUGCCCAAGCUAUCUUCUUCUUCAAAGGCAAUCCGCCACCGAAUGCCAAAGAUCAGACAUUAUGAUUAAUUUUUUGUGAAGAUUCGCAUUCGACGUUUCAAUUUUCGUCUAGUUGUGAUGAAAGAAAGAAAUAUUGAUGUAAUUUUUGCUGCUCUUUCACUUUCAUCUUCUGGAAUUUGUUUGACCAGUAUUCAUCGUUCGAAGCAAGAGGGCUGUAAUCUUUCAUAUCUCAUGAUAAUUUCAAAUAGUUUUUCUAUUCCCACUUGCUUAUAAAUAUGUCUCCUUUUUUCUCUCCUCCUCCUCUUCCACUCCCUUCAUACGCGAUUUUCAACCGAGAACUCUGGCAGAACCUUUCUCAGCGUUAUCGUGCGGAUGAACUGCACCGUCUGGAUAUCUUGGAACUUCUCCUCAAGGCGAAAAAAUGCUCCUUCCUCAACGUCAAGUGCAAGGAUCUUUGUACUAUUCGCUUAUAAUAUGAUGUAUUCACACUCAAACAUCAUCAGUCUUCUCCAGAAUCAAUCAUCUACAUAAGUAAUGCUGAUGCACCCAACUCAACCUGAUGACACAAAAGGUAUCUGGGAAGACGAGGAAAAGAUUUUGAAGUUGGAUGCGAUAAAUAUCGACACCAACGCCAAGCGUUUGCGAAUCAAGAACCCAGAUGCUGCUCGACAGAAGCAUAGACUUAGGGGUACUACGCGUCUAGGACAAUCAGUGAAACAAGAAAAAGUCUCUACAAGACUAGAUUCUUGUAGGACCAAUUUUUUUAUGUUACUUCUAAGAUCGAUGUGAUAUAUCAGUCAAUGAAUCAGACAAUCAACGCUACUACACAAUCAAUCAAACAAUAAUUCCUGCUACACCUAUGUACACACAUCCAUCAUCAAAAACAAAAUACCCAGAACAAAACGUGUUGUACGCUUCUGCUCUGUCCGUUGUGCGCCCUGCUUGUGUCGGAACUGGUAUGGUCAACUUCGGGCAGUUCGACUGGAGUCUUGCUCGCGAUGUGAAAUUUAGGACAGUGGUAUAAUACGAUCAAGAGAUGAACACCAUGACGAUUUACUUCCUCUCAUCAACAUAAGAAGAUACUUUCAUAACAAAGUACUUACGUAUAAUCGAAAUCGCUCUCUCUACAACUAACACGACGUAGUACUACACGACCACUCACUCGCCUUUUUUUUGCCUUCUCACUCUAACAUUCACGAGAACCAGUUGUACACGCGCUUUGUGAAGUUCGUCAAGUAUGGGAUGUGUGAGCGCUGUCAGGCGUACUAUCUCGAGCGCGGUCAGCAGCAACAGCAGCGCACGGCUGCACAAGGACAGUUGUACUACAACAAACAACAGUCGUGAUUGUUGCUGCGAACAACAGUCGCGAUUGCUGGUGCUGUUGAACAAGGUGGAGUGGAGUGCUAGAGCAGUUCAGAGCAGUUGGAUGAGAACUAGAUAUAUUUUUUCAAAUAGAUGAUACUCUUCAGAACUAGUGAACUUUUCAGAAGAACUACACAAACACAUCAUCAAGUUAGGAUUUUCAGUUUUCUGUCAUUUCAAUACAACUCCGAAUACAAAAAAAAAUCAGAUGUUAUUCAAUGUUCCAAGAAGCAUAUUGCCUGCACAUGGAAUGACAUAACGACAUCAACAUGGAUGAACAGGGGCAGAAUACUGCUCUAUCACUCUUUCAUCAUAUGAUGGAUGUCCUCGAGUACUUAUUUUGAUGAGUAAGUAUGUCAUGUUCAAGAAUUUACCACGUACCUUUCUGCAAAAACCUUAUUACGUAUCUAUCUACUACGCAACGGCAAGUAUCUAUGAAGUAAGAAGUAAGAAUGACUAUCUAAAGUAAAUCCAAGAAAAAAGUAUGGCUAAUGUUUGUUUUGCUGCAAUUAUUGAGAGCUACUAUGUCUUCUAAAAAAAUGAGAAUUUACUACUACACGUACUACCACUACGCAUACAACUACAGUGAUUUCAGUUUGUAGUUACGCCGUGAUUUCAGAACUAGUUUGCAUGCGCUUGCAACGACAAGAAGCGACAUCGGGACAAGACGAGCAUGGCAGUCCAUGAUGUUGAAACAGAAGUAGAACUCCUUGACGUUAUUGCCUUCUCUGUAUAAUUCUAAGAAAAAGAAUAGUCUUAGAUUGUAAUGGCUAAUUGCAUUGAUCGGGAAAAAAUUAGAAUUACUAGGUAAUAGAUGUUGAUUUAUUAUAUGAUGUACUAGUUGUACCUCCAGAUUGAUUAUAUUCCACCUGAUUGAGACGAACUCUUCCUCGUGAGGAUGUUGUACUUAUGCACAGACUUGAGGACAAUCAAUGUCGAAUCCUUGUACUUACGAACUUUAGGAUCUUGAUGCUUGCCGGGAAGUGCCUCCUCGACUGGUGGGUUUUGUAACUAAAGUACCAUGUAGUUGUACUAUGAUUCAUUGUUAGAUUGUGCUUGAUUUGAUUUCAAAAGUCAGUGGAAGUUCCAAGAAGCAAGUCUAUGAAGAGAAUCUGUACAAAUUUUGUGAUGUUGCUGUUUGUAAACAUGAUGAAGAUCUUUCAUUACUACUGUUCGUUGUAUAUAUGGUUUGAUUAAUGGGAAAAUCGCACUUAAACAACCGAUUGCUUUUAUCAGUUCAACUGACAAGCACUUAGGCAAAAAAAAAACUGUUUUUUUGCUCUCACGCGGUCUUGACAUUAAGGAAUUUUCUUUUAUGC